AUGGAACAAUUCAUCCUGUUUGGUGACUCUAUCACACAACAAUCUGCCUCUCAAGCCAAAGGUUUUGGCUGGACACCAGCACUGCAGGAUGUUGCCAUCAGUGGAUACAAUACCACACAGGCUCUAAAAGUCCUGCCUCGCGUCCUCCCAACUCCUGAGCAGGGCCGUAUUCGUCUGAUGACCAUCUUCUUGGGUGCCAAUGAUGCUCGGUUACCAAACACUCCAGGGUUCCCUCAGACUGUCGACCUUGAACAGUACAAGAAGAACUUGAAGGAUAUCAUCAACCACCCUAUGCUGCAAGCACACAAGCCUCAACUCAUCUUGCUCACACCUCCUCCAGUGGAGGAGAGAAAGACACUGNCUCACGAUAAGACAAACGGCAUCAAUGUCAUUAGACGUACUGCUGUCAACACGGCCAAGUACGCAGAGGCAGUUCGUCAGAUUGGUCAAGAGUUCAGCCUUCCGGUGCUUGACGUAUGGGCUGCAUUCAUGAAGGAGGCCGGCUGGAGGGAGGGUGAGCCAUUACCAGGCUCAAGUGAGAUCGAGCAGAACCAGGCGCUUGCCGCUAUGCUGCACGAUGGUCUUCACUUGAACCCUGAGGGAUACGAAAUCAUCUACAGGGAAUUGAUGAAGUUGGUUACUGAGAAGCUGCCAGAGCACGCUCCUGACAGUAUCCCGUACGUGCUUCCUUCUUGGGAUGAUGCCGAGGCUUGGAAGGAGUAG